AUGGCACAGGAGAGUGGCACAACGCUGCAAAGCUACCACUUGGGACCUCUAAGUUUGAAUAGCACGCCAGUCGACCUUAUCGAGUCACAACCCCCACUGCCUCCAAUCCAUGAUGACUUCUUUCAUUCCAUCUCCACUGCAAUUCCCAGCCUAGCACCUCUUUCCGAGGAGGCACGCGCCGCCACCACCACUGAGCACAAAAUGACUUUUCGGCAGGGGUGUUAUCUCUACCCCAAGGCCAUUGCGUGGUCGGGGCUACUAUCAAUGGCGAUUGUCCUGGAGGCUUAUGGAACUAUUUUGAUCAAUGGCUUUCUUUCGCUUCCGGUGUUUCGGCAGUCCUAUGGUACACCGACCGGUGGACAAGAUUAUGAGAUUUCUGCUACGUGGCAAGCUGGCCUUGUUAAUGCAGCUUACGCGGGUCAGAUUUUGGGUUUAAUGUUUAAUGGCGUUCUAACAGAUAGAUUUGGCCAUCAGCGUGUCAUGGCUGGGUGCCUGGUUGUCUUAUCGCUAUUUUUGCUCCUGAUUGUCUUUGCAUCAAAUAUCCAGAUGCUCGUAGCAGGCUACGUCUUGUGCGGAUUACCCUGGGGGGCCCUACAAACGUUGAGCAUGGCAUACGCGGCGGAUGUCUUGCCAGUUGUCUUACGAGCUUACCUGACGUCGAACAUUAACAACUGCUGGCUCCUCGGUCAACUCGUGGGAGUUGGUAUGAUGCGUAUAUUCAUCAGCGACCCGUCGCAAUGGUCAUACCGGAUUCCAUUGGCUCUGCAGUGGGCAAUUUUGAUCCCAAUUUUGAUUGGGAUCCUCUUUGCACCUGAAAGUCCUUGGUGGCUUGUACGUCAUGAAAGGAAUGCGCAGGCGAAAAAGGCCCUUCUUCGGCUGACUUCAGUCGGUCCCGGCAACAGUAUCGACAUCGACAGGAUACUGGCUAUGUUGCGCCACACUAACGAGGUAGAAAAAUACCUCAGCGGUGGCGGAGCCUCGUAUCUCAACUGCUUCAAAGGUACUAACCUCCGACGCACUGAAAUUGCCUGUAUGGUCUGGAUCACGCAAUCACUCUGUGGUGCAGCCUUGACUGGUUAUGCAGUAUAUUUCUAUGAACAGGCAGGCUUGUCUACUGCCCAUGCCGUCACGGUUGGGAUUGGAAUGUUCGGAGCGGGAAUAGUCGGAGGCAUUCUCUCCUGGAUUUGGCUGCGCAUAAUUGGCAGACGCACUAUGUACCUGUUUGGUCUGAUCCUUUUAUUCAUUGUUUUGAUGAUUGCAGGCGGAGUGGGUACGUUAAAGGAACGCCAGACCACUUCUUGGGUUCUCGGCUCUUUAAUCGUCUUGUUCACGUUUAUUUAUGACACCACUAUCGGCCCUGCCUGCUAUGUCCUCGUGGCCGAAAUACCCUCCUCUCUCCUGCGAAUCAAGACUGUCGUCCUCGCUCGCGUCGCAUAUAGUUUGAGCAGCCUCAUUGUCAAUGUUGUCACAACGCGCAUGCUGAGCCCAACAGCCUGGCACUGGGGGGUAAAAGUUGUUUCUUAUUCGCUGGCACUACUGUCUGUUGUUUUAUCUGGGCAUAUUUCCGUCUCCCAGAGCCGAAAGGGCUUACUUACUUAGAGCUAGAUAUCCUAUUCAACAAGGAGGCAUCGGCCCGCAAAUUCCGGCAGUUCCGGGCGCACCUCGAAAGCUCUGGUUAUUUCAGUAUUGCUCGGAUUGAUCGUCCUGACAGCAUUUGGGACCCUCGCUGAUCAAUAUUUGUUUGGCGUUCGAAAAAGGAACACCAAAAUGUUGGACAAACAUGACUGAUAACCGACCGAUAUAUUCGAAAAAUCUCAUUUAUAGGAUGAGACCGAUUCCAGUGAAAGCAUGAGGCUCAUCAGAAUAGAUGACGUUCUUCCUCUUGCCCUCCAGGUCGCACUGGUAGAUGCUGCCACUAAGAUCGGUCAUGUAAAUGUGACCGUUCCUAGUAUCGAGCUUCAAGCCAAGUGCCUCGUGGAGAUGCUUGGUGAGAAUCUCAGGCUCCUGCGAAGAAGUCUCCGCCAGAAGGCCAAGGGCAUUUGGUGCGAAAUGCAAUACACUAUGAUGAUCCUUUUAAAUCAGGCAGGAAGGCAUGACGAGAGACCAGCGGCGACAAGGCUACACAUGUGUGCGAGGGACAACAAAGAGGGGAAAGGGGCACAUGAUCAGGAAUCCAACCAACAACCAAUGAGAGGAAGGCUUGGCGCGAAACUGGUGACGCGCGCUACGCACGCCGAGGCCCUGAAACGACGAGGAACAGCAGAACAGCGGCAAAUUUUUCGUCCGCUCACGUGCGCAAGGGCUUCGUUACCAAUCGGGCGGCAAAAGAGAAAAGCGCUUCUGGACUAAGCACUUCACCCUUGCUCUACCCCCUUACUUGUCCGGCCCACCUGAUAUCAACAGGACUCCAGGAAAAACUCCACUUAAAGAAUGACCAACCUGGACAAGGCAACACGAUGGGAGUCUAUUGACCGAAAUGGAUUCGAACAUCUUCAGGUUCGGACGACACUCGGCGGUUUUGUCGCACAGAGCGUGGUGAUCGGGGCUCUGGAUGACGCAAAAUACGGGAUAUUCUACCGAGUGGUUCUUGAUGGCAACUGGGCAGACGGCAACUGAUCAGAAACUGGUUCUGAGUGCAGACGGCCAAGGAAAGUGGCUCAAUGCUAACGGAAAAACCUGGCUAGACUUGAUGAAUGCGUUGAUAUUGACAUUUCUGCAAUACCAUUUACCAAUACCCUCCCGAUCCGUCGCUUGCAACUGAAACAAGGUGCAGGGCAAGUCCUCCGUGUUGCGUAUAUACCGGUUCCGGCAUUGAAGCCGGUCGCGGUGGAGCAGCGGUAUACAUGUCUCCAGCAGAACCGAUUGUAUCGCUACGAGGGCUUGACUUCGGGAUUUGUGGCGGAGCUUACCACAGAUGAGGAAGAAUUUGUCCUCGAUUACCCUGGGCGCUUAUCGUAAGAAACAGGAGAAGUCUAAUACAUACGUACACUCGGAUUUGGUGCUGGCAGCGGCCAGCAAGACCUGAGAGGCUAGCGAGGGCAGAGUAUAACCGCGGCUUCAUAAUGACUCCUAGUUCGUGAGGCCUAGCACGCGGCAGUUAAGGCAGGAACGUCUCAGGUAGUCGCUACUGCGAAUACCACUUCAGUUAUGAUAUCACUGCGACCACUUUACUUGAUAUCUCCUGCGGAUAGCUUGUAGAAACUAGUCCAAUAAUGAACACACCACAUAAGCUUACAAAUUUGCUUCAAAACCGAGGAACCGAUUGGCUCCCGGGCAUGGGUC